CCCGCUUCCAAGAUGGCGGCUGCAGCCCCUGCCCGGCUGUCGGGGUGGCGGUGACGACUGCAAGCCCACUAGCUGGUGCCAGAUUUGCUGUGAGGAGCUGGAUGGAGCCUCCCUCUCUUUUGUGACAUUUCCAGUUCUAGAUAAUGCCUCACAUCGGUGUACCCCCAGAACCCCCUGGAGCCCCCACUGUCCGGAAGAAGACAGCUUGAACCUAGAAGUCUCCUCUCUCCCUCCUCAGACCUCAAGUCAGGAUGUUGCGGAGGCUGUUGGAGAGGCCCUGUACCCUGGCCCUGCUUGUGGGCUCCCAGCUGGCUGUCAUGAUGUACCUGUCACUAGGGGGCUUCCGAAGUCUUAGUGCCCUAUUUGGCAGAGAUCAGGGGCCAACAUUUGACUAUUCUCACCCCCGGGAUGUCUACAGUAACCUCAGUCACCUGCCUGGGGCCCCUGUAGCCCCUGGAGGUCCUUUAGCUCCUCAAGCUCUGCCCUACUGUCCUGAACGGUCUCCUCUCUUAGUGGGCCCUGUGUCGGUGUCCUUUAGCCCAGUGCCAUCACUAGCAGAGAUUGUAGAGCGGAAUCCUCGGGUGGAACCAGGGGGCCGGUACCGCCCUGCUGGGUGUGAACCCCGCUCCCGAACAGCCAUUAUUGUGCCCCAUCGUGCCCGGGAGCACCACCUGCGUUUGCUGCUCUACCAUCUACACCCCUUCCUGCAGCGCCAGCAGCUUGCUUAUGGCAUCUAUGUCAUCCAUCAGGCUGGAAAUGGAACAUUUAACAGGGCAAAGCUACUGAAUGUUGGGGUGAGGGAGGCCCUUCGUGACGAAGAGUGGGACUGCCUGUUCUUGCAUGAUGUAGAUCUCCUGCCAGAAAACGACCAUAAUCUGUAUGUGUGUGACCCCCGGGGACCCCGCCAUGUAGCUGUUGCCAUGAACAAGUUUGGAUACAGCCUUCCAUACCCUCAGUACUUUGGAGGGGUCUCAGCGCUCACUCCUGAUCAAUACCUGAAGAUGAAUGGCUUCCCCAAUGAAUACUGGGGCUGGGGUGGUGAGGAUGACGACAUUGCUACCAGGGUGCGUCUGGCUGGGAUGAAGAUCUCUCGGCCUCCCACAUCUGUGGGACACUAUAAGAUGGUGAAGCACCGAGGAGAUAAGGGCAAUGAGGAAAAUCCCCACAGAUUUGACCUCCUGGUCCGUACCCAGAAUUCCUGGACACAAGAUGGAAUGAACUCACUGACAUACAGAUUGCUGGCUCGAGAGCUGGGUCCUCUGUAUACAAAUGUGACAGCAGACAUAGGGACUGAUCCUCGGGGUCCUCGUGCCCCCUCUGGUCCCCGUUACCCUCCUGGUUCCUCCCAAGCCUUCCGUCAAGAGAUGCUGCAGCGCCGGCCUCCAGCUAGGCCUGGUCCUCUGCCUACUGCCAACCACACAGUCCCCCGUGGUUCACACUGAUUCUUCCUUGCCCACCUUAAUCCUGAACCUACUUCAAAGGGGCUGUAUUGUCUCUACCCUCAGCUCCUCACUCCUCUUAGAGAAGUGUGGGGAAACUGAACUCUAGUGCUAUGCUAGGGGCCAGGGGCCUCUCUUCACUGCUGGACUGGAGCUGGGCUCCUCUAGAUUUGGCAGUCCCUUUUUCUAGGGUCACCUGCCAGAGCUUAUGACUGUGAAUUCUUGAUGUCAUGAUUUUAUGUGAUGACUCCUGGGAAUCCCUUGCCCCUUGGGGUAGGAGCAGGGCUGGGCCCCAAGCCCCUUCCUCUUCCACAGAGAUCACUCUCUUCCAAAAAGAGUGAUCUGGCUUCCCCUGGGACCUCUGUGAAUAUUUAUUCUAUUUAUGGUUCCAAGGAAGCUGUCUGGUGAAGGAAGCCCUUCUCUGGGCACUUUCUGCCACAUGCUGGAGUAGCUCCCUCUUCUGGUCCUGGUCAGGGGGCUAGGAUUUUGAUAUAUUUUCUAAUAAAGGACUUUGUCUCGCU